GAGGGUGGCGCCAAUGUGGGCCUCCAUGAGUCGGGUGGGUGUUAGGCGUCUAAAGCGGUGCCUGCCUCUUUGCUCUGCAUUUCCCUUUCCCGAGGGGGUCGUGCCUCAAGGCGAGGGCGAUUUCCGGGGUCUUCGAGGAGUCCUAGGCGGGCGUGGCGUGGCCUGUUUAGCAGAGGGAGGCGGAGCUCCCGCUUCGCUUGAGGGGCGGAAUUCGACGGUGGCGGAGCUGCCAUGCGGAUUCGCGGACGAAGCAGCCCCGCAGGGGAUCCCAGGCUGAAGCAUCGGAUUAAGCAGUACCUGAAGAGUAACAAAUGUGGCAAGUAUGUUGACAUUGGAGUUUUAGCUGCUGAGCUACAGAAAACAUACAGUGCUGAUUAUGGACGCAGAAAAAGAAAUGCCUUUAGAAUACAGGUAGAGAAAGUUUUUGGGAUAAUCAAUGAUGAGCUUAAGUCUGAAGAUUUAGCUGCUCUAGAGGAUGAACAUUUGGCGAAGAAAGCAAGACACAAAGGGGAGGAAGAUGAUUCAGAGAGCUGCAUGGAUACUUCGGACACUGACACAGGACUCCCACCCUCAAAUCACAUGAACUCAUCUUUGUUGACCUUAUACCGGAAAGGAAAUCCAGAUUCUCUUCCAGCGUCUCCCAAGAGUGCACAGACAAUGUCCAGCACUCCUUCACAGAAGCCUGGAUCGAAUAGGCUUCCCACUCAAGCACCAUCCGAUACCAGGAUCUCAGAAGGUGGCUGGUUUAUUGAUAAAACCCCAGACAGGAAAGAGGAAAACUUUUUUAUUGACCUUUGUGCAGAAGAAGAAAGCGAUGGUUCUAAACAGAUGGCUGAGGGUUCAAAAGACAUUUCCUUUCUGGAGAAACCCAAGAGGAAGAGAAAUAAAAGGAGGAAUGAGUCUCAGGAAGUAGAUGAAGAAAUAGAAUCUGCUUUGAGAAAACAGAAGAUUAAACAAAAAGGGUUCGAGCUGAGAACUUCUUCUGUGAAGUUUGAGGAUAUAGGAGGCAAUGAUGAGACUCUGAAGGAAGUGUGCAAGAUGCUGAUACAUAUCUGUCAUCCUGAAGUAUACAACUAUUUAGGAGCUGUUCCACCUCGAGGAUUUCUCUUGCAUGGACCACCAGGGUGUGGGAAGACGUUAUUAGCUCAGGCAAUCGCUGGGGAGCUUGAACUGCCAAUACUCAAAGUAGCUGCUACUGAGAUUGUGUCGGGAGUGUCAGGUGAAUCGGAACAGAAGCUAAGGGAACUGUUUGAGCAAGCUGUGGCCAAUGCUCCAUGCAUCCUCUUCAUAGAUGAAAUUGAUGCUAUCACACCCAAGAGAGAAGUUGCCUCAAAGGACAUGGAGCGGAGAAUUGUAGCGCAGCUUCUGACUUGCAUGGACGACUUGAAUAAUCUGGCUACUGCUGCUCAGGUCCUAGUAAUUGGGGCAACCAACAGACCAGACUCACUGGACCCAGCCCUGCGACGUGCAGGAAGAUUUGAUCGAGAGAUUUGUUUGGGGAUUCCGGGUGAAGCAGCCAGAGAGAAAAUUCUGAAGACAUUGUGUAGAAAACUUAGAUUGCAGGAAUCUUUUGACUUUGGUCAUUUGGCUCAUUUGACCCCAGGCUACGUCGGUGCUGAUCUCAUGGCACUGUGCCGUGAAGCCGCAAUGUGCACUGUGAAUAGAGUUCUCAUUAAGCUGGAGAUGGAGCAGCACGAAGUCCUAAGAAGUAACGAAAGGUCAUCUGGACAAGACAUGGAAAAGGAUACUGAAGAGCUUGUAAGAAAGGAUAGCAAAGAGCCAGAUCUUCCCACUAUGGAUGAAUUGCAGAGGCUACUCCAGUUGCUAAAGGAACCAGACCCCCUUGGGGAGGAUCAGCUACAAAGGCUAUGCAUUGAGUUGAAUGAUUUCAUUGUUGCGCUCUCAUCGGUGCAACCCUCUGCCAAGAGAGAAGGCUUUGUUACAGUCCCCGAUGUGACGUGGGCCGAUGUGGGCGCCCUGGAGGAUAUUCGGGAGGAGCUCACCAUGGCAAUACUGGCACCCGUGCGGAAUCCUGAGCAAUUCAGAGCCCUUGGCCUCUCGGCUCCAGCUGGUGUGCUGCUUGCUGGCCCUCCUGGUUGCGGCAAAACGCUACUUGCUAAGGCUGUGGCAAAUGAGUCUGGACUGAAUUUCAUAUCCGUGAAAGGCCCUGAACUGUUGAAUAUGUACGUGGGGGAAAGCGAACGUGCUGUACGUCAGGUUUUCCAGCGUGCAAGGAAUUCGGCGCCUUGUGUCAUAUUCUUCGACGAAGUUGAUGCUUUGUGUCCUCGGAGAUCAGACCGUGAGUCAGGUGCCAGUGUCCGUGUCGUGAACCAGUUGCUAACAGAGAUGGAUGGCCUGGAAUCUCGUCGUCAGGUUUUCAUUAUGGCAGCCACCAACAGGCCAGAUAUUCUAGAUCCAGCUAUUUUGCGCCCAGGAAGACUGGAUAAAACACUCUUUGUCGGUUUGCCACCACCUUUGGAUCGCCUUGCCAUUCUAAAGACUAUUACUAAAGAUGGAACCCGACCCCCGCUUGACACUGAUGUGGACCUUGAAGAAAUUGCUCAUAAUCCCUGCUGUGAUAGUUAUACGGGAGCAGAUCUUUCAGCUCUAGUGCGGGAGGCUUCUGUCUGUGCCCUGAAAGAGGAGAUGGCAGUGCUGAAUGCCACAAACAGGAAAGGAGAAAUCAAGAUUGCCAGAAAACACUUUGAAGCUGCUUUCAAGAAAGUUAAAUCUUCUGUAUCAAGAAAGGACCAAAUAAUGUAUGAAGAGCUGCGCAAGUCACUGAGCAGGUGAUAGCUGGAUGAUUCCUAACACCCAACAUGUUGCUUAACCUGAGAAGCUCUCCCGGUGGACUAUUUUCUAGAGGCAUCUUCAUGGAUUGGACUUAACCUUGGUUUUGCUUGCCUGCCAAUCUCAACAUUGCUGGACUCCGUUUCUGAGAGAAGUUCUAUCACAUUGUUUAGUAAUUAACAUUUGGCCACACUUUCAAACUGGUCUCCAGGAUAUGGGCAGAAGAUACAUGAUGUGGCCAUCCGGCUGAAGCUAAGCAGCCCUGGAUCUGGUCAGAAACCCCAUAUAUGCCAUGGAUUCUAUGAUGGAAGAAAGUGCAAGGUGUAAAUGUUGUUUUUAAAUAUAUGCUGUCAGCUGUCGUGGGCGUCUCCCCAUCACUCUUCAGAUGUUACAUUUUUCUUUGCGCUAUGAGACAUUUGAUUAAUCUUGUUAGUGUCCUGCCUGUAAACUGAACCGGUUAAUACACAAAGAAACAAUAGCAAGUCAGCCUAGCCCAGAUAGCACAGAUGGGGGACCUGUGAUGCUCUAGAUGUUGGGAUAUCAGCCCCAGAGAGCAUGGCCAAUUUUCAGAGAUGAUGGGAGUUGUAAUCCAACAUUGGGCUGCAGGGGGACACAAAGUGGACAACAGGGCCCAGCUGAGAAGAGGGGAAAUUGUGCUGUUGGGCAAGCAGAAAUGCUUUCACUGGCAGAAAAAUAUCCUUAAAACUACAUUGAAAACUUAAGGAAAAACAGCCUUUUCUCUCUGGGGAAGCUUCACAUUAUUUAAAGAAUUCUGCAUGUUUGCUUUAAAAAUACCACAUUCUUUCCCAUACUAGUUUUAUGUGUAUGACUUAAAACAAGGGGAUAUUAGGAAAAUUUGGGUGCAGUGGCUGAAGAAGCAAGACUAAAGCCAAGUGUCUGUAGGAUCUGUCAUUUGAUCCACCCAUGACCAAUCCAGACAAUGCAAAGGAGAUCCUCACAGCAGUGUACAAGGACUUUUAAAUAGCAACCAUUAAUCGGUUGCAUAGGUGUCCCAAGAACAUGGCUUUAUUAUUGCAAAAUCCUCUGCUUCCCACACAUAGAAAGCACACAGACGUUGCUUUUCCAUGUGGUCUGGUGUGAAAGUCAGAUAUGAUCGGAUUUUUAAAAAAUGCAUUUGUUUUCAAGCAUCAGCAAAACAGUAAAACAAAAAAAAGUAACUCGAGAAUAAUACAGAGCUUGUAUUACAGAGAAACAGCCAUCUGUAAUGUCUUCCUCAAAGAGGUUCAGUGUUCAUCUUAGUGCAUUUGUGUACAUAAUAAAGCACAUUUCAUAAAAA